AUGGGCACUCACAGCGGCGGUCGGGGGGGUAGUCGGGGGGGCGGUCGCGGGGGCGGUCAGAGUGGCAGUCGGCUACAAGACAAAGAGGUACGAUUCGCCGGUCUCGAGGAAGGGUCCGAGCCGGUAUUACGGAAGCACGAGCUCGAACUCAAGCUCUACCAAGAAAAGGAGAUGAUACAGAGUGGCCUCCUGAGAGAUGAGAACCCCUUGGAUCUGAGUGAAGAGUUCAAUGAGCUGAUCGAGGCUUGUCGACGGGGUGACUUAAAGACUUGUCAGGAGCUCAUCUCUUUGGGUGUCAAUAUCAACGGCAGGGACCGGUUCGAUUACACUCCCUUAAUUCUUGCGAGUCUGUGUGGACAUUAUGAAUUAGUCGAGCUUCUCUUGGAAUCAGGUGCUUUGGCUGAGCGCAAUACCUUCCAGGGUGAGCGUUGCGUCUACAACGCACUCAACGAUAAGAUCCGGAACCUCUUACUUCGAUACGACUUUAGCAAAUCGACCGACCCCCUCCAAACCUGGUCGGCGCAUCUCAAUUCCUUACUUUCCCGAGACGUUCCAAGAACCUCGGAUAUCGUGGUCACAUCCAAUGGCCAGUUCUUUGGACUUCAUAAGUUCCUAUUAUCCUCCAGAAGCCCGUACUUUGAGAGAAAACUCUCCGUGUUCCCGGCUACGGAAACUUGGAAGAUCGAACCUUCGAUUCCCAUUGAAUCUUUCCGGAUUGUGCUUCAGUAUCUUUACCUCCAAGAAGUUCCUAGGGAUUUGGUCACAACCAAUAGCGAGAGCACAGAAGAAGAGGUGCUCAGAGGUAUCCUCAAGAUCACCAAAGAUCUCGAGAUCGAUCAGCUAUGGGAGACCAUCUUGGCCAUGAAUGACCGGCGGCUGGUGCGGCAAAGGUAUCAAGAUGAGGUCAAUAGAGCGCAGGAACAAAUUCAAAAAUUCUUCGAUACUUCCAUAUUAGGCCACAGAAUGGUUAUCAACGAGGAGGAUCUGACUAAAGUUCAAUGGCCGCGGAGCAAUUCUAUUUUCGCGGAUUGCUUAUUAGCAGCAUACGAAGAAGAGCCCGAGGCCGAGGAGGACGGAUCAGCGGAGCAGGCGGUUGCCCAAGAAUCCAACUCUAUCCCUGUCGGACCCGUGUCCAAUAUGUCCGGCGCGAAAGAUUCCAGGCCCCGGAAGGUCGUUCUCUACCCGGCCCACAAAGCCAUGCUCAUCCGAAGUCUGUAUUUCGAAACCAUGUUUUCCAGCGAAUUCCUCGAGGCCCAAGAGUCCGAGAACCUCCACGUCAUCACCAUAGACUGCGUUCCUGAGGUUUUGGAGAUUAUCCUCUCCUUUAUUUACACGGAAAAAAUGAACUGCCCUCUCGAGCUCGCCCUCGACCUCCUCUACACAGCAGACAUGCUCUUCCUCGAAAAGCUCAAGAAUAAGGCUGCUACAAUCAUCAGCGCCCUUGGUAGUGGCAACUCCAACGUUCUUGUCGACCGCACGCACGCUCCCGGGCCGGCGGGCGGACCGGCAGCGCUAGUGGAAGCGGAACCGAUCAACAUCUACGACGUCAUUCACGCCGCCUGGGACCUGCGCGUUCAGAGGUUGGAGGAAUUCGCGGCUCGCUAUUUGGCAUAUCGACUGGAAGAUUACAUCGACGACGAAGAGUUUGCGGACUUAAUCCGUCAGAGCGCCGAGCGUAUUGAGAAGCGUGAGGAGACGGAUACUAUCGAGUUGCUGGACGAUAUUCGAUACUACCUAGAUGAGCGCUUCAGGUUGCGUUUCGAGGACGCGGGUCUGGAAGAUAUCAUGGAGGAGCAGGGCGAUGUUGAUGCGUCGUUGGCGGAGGCGAUGGAAAACAAGGUGAACCUGACGGAUAAAGAGGGAGAACAAGUGGUGGCAAGCGCGCCUAGAGAGGGAACCGAAGCUGAAGUCGGACCCAUGCGCACGUUGGACGGCCAGGUAGUUGAGGAUGAGUUCGAUUUAGAUGCUAUAAACCAUCAGAUCCUACACAGGAAGAUUGAUGAAAUGCUGGAGCGGUUGAAGUUGGAUGCAUAA